GUGUGUUGUUUGCUGUUAUAACUUCACUCCUUUUGGCCACUUAGUGGUGUCAGAGGUCAGCGGGUAUCUGUUUUAGGAAGCUGCUGCAUUUCAGAACUAAGUGGGUGCCACGCUGAAAUGGAGCCUGGAGGGCUUGAGGAGCGUGCAGAUGAUCUACAGUGGAGCGUUUGUGGCGCGGCAUGCUGGACAUUCCUGUGUACGCAACUGUGUACACACAUGUGGCAUAGAUCUGUUCUCCGGGGGUCCCUGCCUGUUAAAUAAAGGACCAGAAGUGAAGGACUGAAGACGAGAAGGAAGAGGGAGGGGCCGCGCUCAGAGCCAAGUGCAGCCCCGCUCCUUUAACGCUCGCUCGGAAAUCACAUCCAGGUAGACGGUCCGGGGGUUGAGACCACCGACAGCAAGGGAGGACUGGAGGAGGUCUGUGGACAUGGAUGCCCUGGCGCUUGAGGCCACUAGUAAAAAGGCAGCUAACGGAGCGGUCGCGGCGCUAGCCGCACCUGUGUUCACGCCGACACCUGUUAAACGAAAACAAGCCAAGAAAACUAAGAAAGCUGUUGUUUUCUUUGAGGUGGAGAUUCUGGAUGCCAAGACCAAGGACAAGCUGUGUUUCCUCGACAAGGUGGAGCCAAAUGCCACGAUCGGGGAGAUCAAGUCCAUGUUCCACAAGAGCCAUCCUCAGUGGUAUCCUGCCCGUCAGUCCAUCCGCCUCGACCCAAAGGGAAAGUCUCUGAAGGACGAGGAUGUUCUGCAGAAUCUUCCAGUGGGAACCACGGCUACAUUCUACUUCAGAGACCUGGGCUCUCAGAUCAGCUGGGUCAAAGUCUUCAUGACGGAGUACACAGGUCCUCUGGUCAUUUACCUGUUGUUCUACUUCAGGGUUCCUUUAAUCUACGCUCCCAAAUAUGACUUCACUACAAGUAAACACUGGGUCGUACAUCUGGCCUGUAUGUGUCACUCUUUCCACUAUGUGAAGAGGCUGCUGGAGACGGUGUUUGUCCACCGCUUCUCCCACGGAACCAUGCCGCUGCGCAACAUAUUUAAAAACUGCACUUACUACUGGGGCUUUGCUGCCUGGAUGGCCUACUACAUCAACCAUCCGCUCUACACACCGCCCAUUUAUGGAGAGCAGCAGAUCCGACUGGCCCUCAUCAUGUUCCUGUUCUGUCAGAUUGGAAACUUCUCCAUCCACGUUGCUCUUCGGAACCUCCGUCCGCCAGGCUCCAAAACUCGGAAGAUCCCCUACCCAACCAAGAACCCCUUCACCUGGAUCUUCCUGCUGGUCUCUUGCCCAAACUACACCUAUGAGCUCGGCUCCUGGCUGGGCUUCACGCUGAUGACCCAGUGUCUGCCGGUGGCCUUCUUCACUGUUGUGGGCUUCAUCCAGAUGACGGUGUGGGCCAAGGGAAAGCACCGCAGCUACCUGAAGGAGUUCCGUGACUACCCUCCCCUGCGCUCCCCCAUCCUCCCCUUCAUCCUGUAGAAGCAUCCGCGGCGCCGCCUUCCACAACCCGACCCUCACUGACUCAACAAACGCCCCACUUCCACACACCUGUUGUCGCUGCAACAGUGUCUAUCUUGCUUCUUGUGUGUUGCUUAACUUUGCUCGACUCAAUGUUCAACAGCAUGUGCUCCUGACUGUAGUUCAAGUUUGGAAUUGCCAUGUUUGCUCUCAAUGAUCCUAAUGUAAUCCAUGGCCACGUUUUUUUUUUUCAGACUGACUCGAGUAAUUUAUUAAAAAAAGAUACCAAAACCAUCUG